UUUGCCCUAGCUGGCCCGCCGCUCCAAGUUCCAUCCAUGCAUCCAGCACGCCGUCACUUGUAUUAGAUCCCACGCGCACAACUCCUAGAAAUCAUCGGUCACGCCAUGGCCAUCGCGGAGACCUCGCCCCUCCACCGGGUAAUCGACGCCCGCCGGUGGGACGCGGAGCGCCUCCUCGGCCGCCUCAUAGUCGUCGUCCACGCCGCCUUCCUCGACGCCGGCUUCGCGCCCCACGCCCACGGCGUCCCGAAGCACCGGCGGGUCCCGAGGCGGGUGGGCGCCACGGCCUCGACCCUGCCUCUCGUCUACGCCGCGCCGCGCCUGCCAGACGCCGCCGUCGCGCUGAGGAUGCGGACGCACGGGAUGCGGAUCGUGUUCUACGUGUGCGUGCCCAGGCUCGCACUGCCAGACCCAGGACCAGGAGUGCACUGGGCGUGCGUGGACGCGCUCGCCGCGGCGCCGCUAAUGUCCGGCGGCCUGGACGGCACGGCGCGCGCCCUGGCGGGCGUCGGCGCCUGCGGGCUGCCCGCGCUCUGGAGGGAGCUCGCGGAGAAGCUGUGCCGGGGCGCCCUCGUCGACCUUUGCCGUGAGAACGCGUUCGUGUCGCUCCCCGGCGAUGUCACGCUGGCAGUCCUGGCGAGGCUCGCCGACGUCUUGGACCUCUUGGGGGUGGCGAGCACUUGCACGGAGCUGAGGUGCCUCGUGGCCGACCACGACAGCGAGCUCUGGAAGCACAGGUACAAGGCCUUGUGCUCGCUGACAUGCUGCGACGACUCGCCUGAGACGAGCUGGAUGAAGGGGUGGUGCGAAGAGAAGCAGAUUUUUCUAAACGAAGAUGGUGUCACCUCCUUCGUAAUAGACUUCUGUUGGUUUAGUGCUGAGCUGCUGAGCAUUGGAAACAAGCCACAGUGCUUACUCCGGGAAAUUGUAUUCAAGCACAUAACGGGUUGAAGAUUAGGACCCCUUUGAAUUUGAACAAGACCAUGCUCAUUCUUUUUCAGAAAAUGGGUGGUUUGGUUGUUGAUACAUUAAUCAGAUAAAUUAGGUCGUAAGAUCGAAUCAA